AUGCGGAGCCGGAUUGAGCCGGAUCGUUAAGCAUUGAGCGAGCGAGAUCAACGCUUUUUCGCAUCUAACUUUUGCGAUCAGUCUCGGACACUGUGAGCGCAUCAUGCUCGUGUGCCUGCCUCGUUGGUUGAUGUGCUGUCUAAGUUUUGUUCCCACCAUGCUCUGAUAAAGUCCAUCAUGAUCGCACACGUGAACCAGUUCGUCGUUGGCCUGAAAAGCCGCAGCGAAGAUGUGCGCUUCAAGACGGCGAACGAGCUGCACCACUACGUCACCACAGAACUGCGGGAGAUGGGCUCGGAGGACGUGUCGGCGUUCAUGGAGGAGUUCCACCACCACAUAUUCGAGAUGGUCUCCAGUUCUGACGUGAACGAGAAGAAAGGAGGAAUCCUAGCAAUAGUGAAUCUCCUGGAAGUGGAUUCUGGCAACACUGGGUCAAGAAUCAGCCGUUUCGCAAACUACCUCCGCAAUCUACUGCCAUCUAAUGACACAACAGUUACGGAACUCGCUGCGUAUGCCAUUGGACGUCUGACAACUGUUGGGAGCAGCUUUACCGCUGAAUACGACGACUUUGUCAUUAAGCGUGCCAUUGAGUGGCUCUGUGAGGAGCGCCACGAGGGUAAGCGUCAUGCUGCUGUGCUGAUUCUUCAGGAACUGGCCAUUUCGACACCUACGUUCUUUUUCCAAAACAUACAGCCAAUCUUCGAUUGCAUUUUCAAUGGCGUACGUGACCCCAAACCGAUGAUUCGUGAAGGUGCAGUGCUGGCUCUGAGGGCUGCACUCAUGGUGACAGCUCAGCGCGAGACAAAGGACACCCAGAAUCCUCCCUGGUACUCCAAGUGUUAUGAAGAAGCUGAAAGUGGCUUUGAAGAGGCGCUGGGAGGUGCGAGAGAGAAAGGUGUGAACAGAGAGGACCGCGUCCAUGGCUCCCUUCUGGUCAUCAGCGAACUUCUUAAGUGCAGCAACAUUGAAGGAGAGCGAGUGCGCCAGGAACUAGAGGAGGUCACUUCCCAGCAGGCUAGGCACGAAGCACACCGAAGUUCGGGCAGUUCUCUGACGCGCUCUCUGCGGGCCCUGCAACACAUGCAAGAGCACCGGGGGGCCAGAGCGGCUCUGCUGCGCUACCAUCGAGCACAGGGCUUUCAGCCAGCAUCCAUAGUGCACUCGUACCAGCUGCACGGGGGCCACCGGCAUCACACUCAUCGCCUGGUGCCCACGCACGAGAGCAACACCUGCAAACGCCUGCUGGACGAAAAGUUUGAUCAGAUAUGUGAAAGGGUUUUAAGGCAACGUGCGUUGCGAAAUCCAUACAUCCAGCAUGCCCUGCACAUGGUGCUGCCCAGACUUGCCGCCUUCCAGACACAAAGAUUUGUGAAGAGGUAUCUGGCCGACACCAUGGACUACCUUCUUGGCUGCUUGCGGAGGGAGAGGGAGCGAAGCUGGGCUUUUCUCUCCAUAGGACUGCUAGCUGUUGCUGUGGGUGAACACCUGUUGCCCUACCUUCCUAAGGUUAUGGAGGUUAUCCGUGUGUCCUUGCCCAGCAACAGUGUGCCAUCGAAGAAAAAAGGUCCUGUGUUGGAUCCUGCAGUUUUCACGUGUAUCAGCUUGCUAGCAAGAGCCAACAAAAGCAGCAUUGCGAGUGAUCUGAAAGACCUACUGGACCCCAUGCUCAAUACUGGCCUUAGUCCGGCACUGACAGCUGCCUUGCAGGAAGUGUCACUGCGUGUUCCCCAGUUGAAGCGAGACAUCCAGGAUGGCCUGCUGAAGAUGCUGUCCUGUAUUCUGAUGCAGCGUCCACUCAAGCACCCUGGUGUGCCCAAGCAAAUGCAUGCAGCUCAGCCCAGUCCAGAAAGCUCAGAUGUUGCAACUAUUUCACUUGCAUUGAAGACCUUGGGUAGCUUUGACUUUCAAGGACGCACUCUUACAAGCUUUGUCAAGCAUUGUGCAAAUACGUACCUGACAAGUGAGCACAAAGAAAUACGCCUCGAAGCAGUUCGAACGUGCUGCUGCCUUCUCUCACCAGCACUGCAGAACAUGAAAGCAACUGGCAAAUACAGCCCCUCCCUCAUGGAUGAUGUCCAGAGAGUGCUUGGAAAAUUAUUGCUGGCUGGUGUGACCGACACUGACUCAGAUGUGCGUUACUGUGUGCUUGCAUCCCUGGACGAGAAGUUUGAUGGCCACUUGGCCCAAGCAGAGAACCUCAGUGCCUUGUUCAUCUCGCUGAAUGAUGAAGUGUUCGAGAUUCGGGAGCUUGCCCUGUGCAUUAUUGGCCGGCUGAGCAGUCUCAACCCAGCAUACAUCAUGCCUCCCCUCAGGAAAGUGCUAAUACAGAAUCUGACGGAGUUGGAGCACUCGGGUGUGGUCCGAAACAAGGAGCAGGCAGCCAAGAUGCUGGGGCACCUCCUGUCCAACGCUCCAGGGCUAAUACGACCAUACAUGGAGCCCAUUCUGGCCGUCCUUAUCCCAAAGCUCAAGGCCCCAGAUCCAAACCCUGGGGUAGUCAUAUGUGUCCUGGCAGCAGUUGGAGAGCAGGCACAGGUCAGCGGGAUAGAGAUGCGCAAGUGGAUGAAUGAACUGCUUCCCAUCAUCAUUGACAUGCUGCAAGAUUCAUCAUCAUUGCCAAAGAGAGAGAUCAGUCUCUGGACACUUGGUCAGCUAGUGGAGAGCACCGGAUAUGUAGUGGAGCCAUAUCACAAAUAUCCUACUCUCCUUGAUGUGCUCCUAAACUUCCUCAAGACGGAGCAGUCCAGUAGCAUUCGGAGAGAAGCUAUUCGGGUGCUAGGAUUGCUUGGUGCACUGGACCCAUUCAAACACAAGUUGAACAUGGGGAUGAUCGAUGACUUCAGUGACUCGGGAGCAGUUGUCAGCAUCAGUGUGGUUCCGCCAGAAAGUCAAGAGCUCAGUGCCAGCGAGAUGCUUGUAAGCAUGGGCGGGAGCUUGGAAGAGUUCUACCCAGCCAUGGUGGUGUCGACACUCAUGCGCAUCAUGCGUGACCCCACGCUCAGCCAGCACCACACCAACGUUGUUCAAGCGGUAGUGUUCAUCUUCCAGAGCCUCGGCCUACGUUGCGUGCCAUACGUGCCUCAGGUGCUGCCAGCGUUGCUUAAUGUGGUACGCACUGUGGAUGCAAGCUUCAGAGAGUUCCAUUUUCGGCAGCUUGGCCAGCUGAUUGCCAUUGUGAAGCAGCACAUUCGCAAUUAUUUAGAUGACAUCUUUGCCCUGAUCAAGGAGUUCUGGGCAGUGAACAGCCCAAUUCAACUGACCAUCAUCAUGUUGGUAGAGCAGAUUGUGAGCUCCCUUGGAUCAGACUUCAAGGUGUACCUGCCCAAGCUGGUGCCCCAUGCCCUCAAGGUCUUCAUGCACGACAUGAGCGCAGACAGGGCCGUCACUGCUAAGCUACUGACGGCACUGCAGAAAUUUGGUUGCAACCUCGAUGACUACCUGCACCUUAUACUGCCUCCCAUUGUCAAGUUGUUUGACUCAGCUGAUGUCCCCAAGAACGUCAGAGCCACUGCAUUGGAGACCAUUGAUAUUCUCUCAGAAUCUCUUGACUUUUCGGAGUUCGCAGCCCGUAUCAUUCAUCCCUUAGUCCGGACCCUUGACACCACUCCCGAAUUGCGCUCACAGGCUAUGGACACCUUGUGUGCCAUGGUUGUCCAGCUGGGCAAGAAGUACAAGAUUUUUCUACCACUGGUUACCAGAGUUAUCGACAACCACAAGAUUGUGCACCAGCGGUACAAUUCUCUAGUCACUAAAAUCAUUCGAAGCACCAGUCUUAUAGACGAUGACGAAACGUUCGGUGUGGACAAACGGCAACCCAGGAGCAGACAGCAGUCAGAGGACCAGCCUGCAUCAAACACAGAGAUCACAACAGUCAAGAAGCAGAAAGUUUGUUCGGCCAACUUGGAGCGGUUGUGGACACCAGCCAAGAGAGUUUCUAAGGAUGACUGGUUGGAAUGGCUUAGAAGGCUAAGCAUUGAGCUUCUCAAGGCCUCACCAUCACCUGCCCUUCGUUCCUGUUGGUCCCUCGCUCACAGUUACAACCAGCUCCCCAAGGACCUCUUCAACGCUGCCUUCUUGUCCUGUUGGGUGUGCCUCAGUGAAAACGAUCAGAAAGAGAUAAUAGAGAACUUCCAGAAAGCCCUGAUGGACCAGGAUAUUCCAGAGAUCACCCAGACAUUGCUCAACUUGGCCGAGUUCAUGGAGCACUGUGAGAAAGGCCCACUUCCUCUCGAUCAGAAGUUGCUCGGUGAGCGUGCCCAAAAAUGUCGUGCGUACGCCAAAGCACUUCACUACAAGGAGGAUGAAUUUCACAGGGGUCCUACCACUGAAGUGCUGGAAGCUCUGAUUAGCAUCAACAACAAGUUGCAGCAGCCAGAAGCUGCUGCUGGUGUCUUGGAAUAUGCAACCAAGUGUCAUGCAACAGAUCUGAGAGUGAAGGAGCGCUGGUAUGAGAAGCUACAUGAUUGGGAGAACGCACUGAGGGUUUAUGGAAGGGCACGAGAGCAGAAGCCGGAUGACGUAGAACUCAUCCUGGGCCAGAUGAGGUGUCUGGAAGUUCUUGGCGAGUGGGAACAGCUCUACCAGUUGGCAAGUGAAAACUGGGGCAAUAGUUUAUACGGCAACCAACAAAAGAUGGCUCGCAUGGCAUCAGCAGCGGCUUGGGGUCUUGAAAAGUGGGACACCAUGGAGGAAUAUGUACAGGUGAUCCCUCGUGAUACCACCGAUAGUGCCUUUCACCAAGCAGUCCUUGCCGUUCACAAGGAAAACUUCCCAGGGGCUCAGCAGUUCAUUGACAAAGCAAGAGACCUGAUAGACACGGACCUUACUGCCAUGGUUGGAGAAAGCUAUAGCCGAGCGUACGGGGCGAUGGUGCAAGUGCAGAUGUUGGCUGAACUGGAGGAAGUGAUUCAGUACAAGCUUGUGCCUGAACGAAGAGAAGCAAUCAAACAGAAAUGGUGGGACAGGCUUCAGGGUUGUCAGAGAAUUGUCGAGGACUGGCAGAGGAUAUUGCAGCUUCAUUCAUUAGUUGUGAAGCCCAAGGAUGACAUGCGCAGCUGGCUGAAGUUCAGCAGUCUCUGCAGGCGGAAUGAACGGCUGGCUCAGUCCCACCGAACGCUGGUCACACUUUUGGGGACAGACCCUUCUCUAGUGCCAAAUCAGCCUCUGCCGACUGCUUACCCUGCUGUAACGUUUGCCUAUAUUAAACAUAUGUGGCAGAGCAAUCAGAAGGAGAAUGCUCUCAGGCAGCUGCACCACUUUGUCCAAACAGAGCUUCCAGCCAACAGCACCUUGAACCACCUGUGCCUACCUGUCCCCAAUGACAAUGCACAGCGCAGUGAACACCAGAAGCUCCUAGCCAGGUGUUACCUGAAGCUUGGACAGUGGGAGGAAUGUAUGCAGGGCAUCAAUGAGACCUCAAUCCCCAUGAUCUUGCGCUACUACCAGUUGGCCACUGAACAUGACAAUGACUGGUACAAGGCUUGGCAUGCGUGGGCUUACAUGAACUUUGAGGCCGUCUUGUUCUUCAAGCACCAAGCUCAGCAGAGCAACAAUGCACAGCCUGUGCAGCAGCAGCCACUUCAGCAGGUCGGGGCUGGUGAAACUGCAAGCUAUGCUGGUGACUGCCCAAGAACUGGCCUGACAGCCCAGCACAUCAAGGACUACACGGUACCUGCUGUGAAAGGGUUCUUUCGGUCGAUUGCCCUCUCUCAUGGAAGCACUCUACAGGAUACUCUCAGGCUGCUGACCCUGUGGUUUGACUAUGGCCACUGGCCAGAGGUGAACGAGGCCCUGGCCGAACGGGUGAACAAGGCCCCAAUGGAGACUUGGCUGCAGGUGAUACCGCAGCUCAUUGCCCGCCUGGACACACCCCGACCCUUGGUGGCUGGACUGGUGCAUGAGCUGCUCGGGGAAGUGGGACGCAAGCACCCACAGGCCCUCAUCUACCCUUUAACUGUGGCAUCCAAGUCUGCACUUCCGGCCCGCAGCCGUGCAGCAUUGCGUGCCCUUGGUGUUAUGAGGGAGCACAGUGCCAGGCUUGUCAAUCAGGCUAUAACAGUGAGUGAAGAGCUCAUACGGGUGGCCAUUCUGUGGCAUGAGCUGUGGCAUGAAGGCCUGGAAGAGGCCUCUCGUCUCUACUUCGGUGAGCGCAAUGUCAAGGGCAUGUUUGCCACCUUGGAGCCCCUGCAUGCCAUGAUGGAGCGAGGGCCACAGACGUUGCGGGAGACAUCUUUUCAUCAGGCCUAUGGUCGAGACUUGGCGGAGGCAUUAGAGUGGUGCAAGAAGUACCAGCGUUCCUUGAAUGUCAAAGAUCUGACUCAAGCUUGGGACCUCUACUACCACGUGUUCCGUCGCAUCUCCAAGCAACUGCCACAGCUCACCUCCCUGGAGCUGCAGUAUGUGUCACCAAAGCUCCUCAUGUGCCGUGACUUUGAGCUGGCCGUGCCCGGCAGCUACAAUCCAAACCAGCCUGUCAUCCGCAUUGCUCGCAUUGAGAGUUCACUCCAGGUCAUCACCAGCAAACAGAGGCCCAGGAAGUUGUGCAUCAAGGGGAGCAAUGGCAAAGACUACAUGUUCUUGUUGAAGGGGCAUGAAGACUUGAGGCAAGAUGAAAGAGUGAUGCAGCUGUUUGGCCUUGUCAAUACACUGCUUGUGAAUGACCCAGAAACAUCACGUAGGAAUCUGACCAUUCAGCGCUACUCAGUCAUCCCGUUGUCCACAAACAGUGGGCUCAUUGGCUGGGUGCCUCACUGUGACACUCUGCAUACGCUCAUUCGAGAUUACAGGGACAAAAAGAAGAUUUUGCUCAACAUUGAACACCGAAUUAUGCUAAGGAUGGCACCAGACUAUGAUCACCUGACUCUCAUGCAAAAGGUGGAGGUCUUUGAGCAUGCUCUUGAACACACCAAUGGGGAUGACCUAGCCAAGCUACUCUGGCUGAAGAGCCCCAGCUCAGAGGUGUGGUUUGAUCGGCGCACCAACUACACGAGGUCAUUGGCUGUCAUGUCCAUGGUCGGCUACGUACUUGGACUUGGAGACAGGCAUCCUUCCAACUUAAUGUUGGACCGGUUGAGUGGAAAGAUUCUGCACAUAGACUUUGGAGACUGCUUUGAAGUUGCCAUGACACGUGAGAAGUUUCCAGAGAAAAUUCCUUUUCGACUCACCAGGAUGCUCAUCAAUGCCAUGGAGGUGACUGGCAUUGAGGGCACAUAUCGAAUGACCUGUGCAAAGGUGAUGAAGGUCCUGCGUGGGAACAAGGACAGUCUUAUGGCUGUCCUUGAAGCCUUUGUCUAUGACCCUCUGCUCAAUUGGAGGUUGAUGGAUGCACAGCCCAAAGUGAAACAUUCUAAAACAAGAGGUGGCUCUGCCCCUUGCAGCCACGACCAAGGAGAUAUUCUGGAAGCAGUGGAUAUUGGUUCCCAGCCCACCGCAAAGAAAGCAGUUGACGCCGUUUCUGGUAUUGGUGAUAGUGAAGGAGGCCAGCCAGAGGCUCUGAACAAAAAGGCUUUGGCCAUAAUUAACAGGGUGCGAGAUAAGCUUACAGGGCGAGAUUUCGCACCAGAUGAGACUUUGGAUGUUCCUGAACAAGUGGAACUUUUGAUAAAGCAGGCGACAUCUCACGAAAAUUUGUGCCAGUGCUAUAUUGGAUGGUGCCCGUUUUGGUGAAACCAAUGGGACGGGGGAAAAGAAGAUGCGUCCACAAGCGUCUUGAGAGGUCCUGUUGAGAGGUGCUAGAAAGGGAGCUGUUUGUUGUUGGAUGAACUGUACAUCUUUGUUCUGCAUAAUGUAAAUGGUUAUCUCUCUCUCUUUUUUGAGCUCUUAGACGUCAGAGUUACAGAUAAAGUGUACAUUGUUAUCAACA